GUUGACUGGUGACCGGGCGGACAGAACACGGGCACCUUGCUUACCCUCUAUAUUGCUGUUGCAGGAUGGUUGACUGGUGACCGGGCGGACAGAACACGGGCACCUUGCUUACCCUCUAUAUUGCUGUUGCAGGAUGGUUGACUGGUGACCGGGCGGACAGAACACGGGCACCUUGCUUACCCUCUAUAUUGCUGUUGCAGGAUGGUUGACUGGUGACCGGGCGGACAGAACACGGGCACCUUGCUUAGCCUCUAUAUUGCUGUUGCAGGAUGGUUGACUGGUGACCGGGCGGACAGAACACAGGCACCUUGCUUACCCUCUAUAUCGCUGUUGCAGGAUGGUUGACUGGUGACCGGGCGGACGGGACGACAUGGAUGUGGCGCUCAACUUUACCUCGUCCCUUCCACCGCCUCUGGAGCGCAAGAGUCACUAUACAAUCACACAGAUAGUUUUCAUCGCCAUCACCGCAAGUCUUCUCUCUAUUGCCACUGUUGUUGGCAACUCCAUGGUUAUGAUCUCUUUUAAGAUAGAUAAACAGCUACAGACCAUCAGUAAUUACUUCCUUUUUAGUUUGGCUGUAGCGGACUUUGCCAUCGGCGCUAUCUCCAUGCCGCUGUUCACCGUGUCCACGCUGCUCGGCUACUGGCCGCUCGGGCCUCACGUCUGCGACACGUGGCUAGCUCUCGACUAUCUGGCCAGCAACGCUAGCGUACUCAACCUGCUCAUCAUCAGCUUCGACAGAUACUUCUCGGUCACCCGGCCGCUAACGUACCGGGCCAAGCGGACCACUAACCGCGCAGCCUUCAUGAUAGGAUGUGCGUGGGGCAUUUCGCUGCUGUUGUGGCCCCCUUGGAUCUACGCAUGGCCGUACAUCGAGGGCAUGCGCACGGUGCCCGACCACGAGUGUUACAUACAGUUUAUCGAGACGAACCACUACAUCACAUUCGGCACGGCCAUAGCCGCCUUCUACGUGCCUGUGUCUGUCAUGUGCUUCCUGUACUGGCGUAUCUGGCGCGAGACCGAGAAGCGACAGAAAGACCUGCCCAACCUGCAGGCGGGCAAAAAGGACAGCAGCAAGCGGUCAAACUCCAGUAGUGUGGUUAAAUGCAGUGACGAGGCCGUGGAUCUGGAAGAGUGGAGGAGAGCAAGAGCAGAGUCCGGGGCAAGAGUGAUCGCCGACGACGAGAUGGACUCGGCCUACGUCAGCUCCGCCGUCUACAGCGACCACUACCGCCAUAAGGCCAAGCCUCUGACAUGGGCUUGGGUACGAGAGUGGUGUAUCGCCUGGUGGCACUCAGGCCGUGAAGAUGAGGAUGUCGACAUUGAGGACACUCCUAGUGACAUGGGGUAUGCAACUCCUGUGUCUGUGGAGACCCCGCUGCCAUCCAGCCUUUCUCGCGGCACAUCUCUCAAUGUUAUCCGGGACCCGUAUGUUCCUCCACAGACACCACCCUCCAGGAUACAUCCCCAUGGCCCCAUUGUCUCCCACCACGUACACUAUGACUCCCGCAGCCUACCCUCCGCUAACCGGCUGCAGGCUCGUUCUCUGUCCACAGAUUCUGUAUACACGAUCCUGAUACGAUUACCAGGAUCAGGGGACACAGCAGGAGACUGUGACGGUACCGCAGACAACCAGCCAUCAAUCACGAUGAUAGCCGAGGACACACCUCAUCGGACGCCAGCGUUGCCUCGUCCCACCCACAACUCUACCAUUGACUUCAACCUCAGCCUUCAUCCCAGUGGCAAUCCCCACAAUCGCCGCCCCUCUCACAUCCCGGACAUACGUAUACCUCUCAACCCCAACGCCAAGAUCAUCCCCAAACAGCUGGCUGGAGGUACAAAAACUCUACUUUCUGGAACCAAACACCAUCCUGCUAAAAAGAAAAAGAAGACACAAGAAAAGAAAGCUGAUAAGAAAGCAGCAAAAACAUUGUCUGCAAUUUUAUUGACUUUCAUUAUUACAUGGACUCCUUAUAACAUUCUAGUGUUGCUCAAGCCCUUGACUGCUUGUACGGACUGUAUUCCUCCAGGGCUGUGGGAUUUCUUCUAUUAUUUAUGCUACAUUAAUAGUACAAUCAACCCAGUGUGCUACGCGCUGUGCAACGCAUCGUUCCGCCGGACGUAUUUGCGUAUAUUGACUUGUAAAUGGCAUAAUAGGAACAGAACAGCAAUGAACAGAGGUUUUUAUAAUUAAGUGAUAAAUGUUCGUGAUAAAAACUCA